AUAUUCAAUAAACUGAGCCCAGAAGAAUACAUCUUGGGUACAAUUGACUUGUAUCUGGAUAUAGUAAAUCUUUUUAUUGCCAUCUUGACACUUUUAGGUGGUGAUUCAGGUCUUGGGUAA